AUGGCGACGUGGCGCAGUUGGCUGACCUUAGCUGCUUUCGGCUACAGUGCUGCAGCAAAUGCCGUGAUGUUCAUGGAUUUCGUGGUGCUGAGUGAUCUCAGCUCCCGGACAUUUGCCGUCGAUGUGGGUGACAUCGCCAUGACAUACAGUCUGGCUCUCUUCACAACCUUGCCGACAGCAUUCUUAGUGGCGUACUUCUUGCCGCGCCAAAGCUAUUAUGUGUUUGGCGCAGGUGCGCUUUUCAACACAAUCGGCGCGUGGCUACGAUGGCUUAGUGCCGUGCAGGGCAAUUGGGCGAUGUGCCUGGCCUCAACCGUUUCCAUUGGAGUAGCCUUCGCCGUGUGUUGCAUGUCUUAUGCGGUCAUGGGUGAGCGCUGGUUUCCACCUGAACUGCAAAUGUUGGCCACGAGUAUCGGUGUCCAGUCUAACUAUGCAGGUUGGUGUUUGAGCGCAUUUCUGAUCCCGACCGUUGUGCAAUCGCGACAGGAUCUGGAGCAAUUCCUGCUCUAUCAGGCGGUUGCAGUGACUGCCGCCAUACUGCUGUUCAUAUUUUUACACGAUGAGACUGCGGGUAAGGCGCUGCCAGAAGAGAUACCAUCUGUCAGGAGAAACCUCCGGAGCCUCUCCAAGCACCCCAAUUUUUUCAUGAAGAUGGCCUGCUACGCAACCCUGGGUGCGGUAAGCUACACAAUACCCGCAGUCCAGGAUGUCUUGAUUUCGGAAACGCUGGACGCUACCCCAGCCUUCACCAAGUGGACAGAUGUGGCCUUUAUCGCCAUCGGUGUCGUCGCUGGGAUGCUCUUCUCUGUUCGGGAGCCUCGUAAUCCCGAUCGGCUCAUUCUUUGCACCUUCGUCGCGGCCUCCCUGGGCCUGGUAGCGGCUUCGCUCAUCGUGUCCCCUUUGCUGGAUAGCGCCAGCCUUGCUGUCCGACGAGCUGCUCUCGUUGCCGCCAUGGCCGUGGUCGGGGGCGCGUCCUUGGGAUUUCUUGGCGUGGCGCUAACCCACAUCUGCCACGAGGUUCCCGAGGUGCAUGAGGCCAUCAGCGCCGGUGCCGUGGAGUGGUUCGUACAGGCUGGAGGCGGCGUACUCUCUUCCUUCGCCGUGAAUAGGCACGGCUUUGAAAUCUGUGGCGCCCUCGUGGUUACCGCCACAGGCAUCUUGAUUAUCGAUCUCAUCCUGGCGAGGACCCCUGGCUCUCAAUUGCCCGACGAUUGCUCGGAUGUCAGCGGGGAGACGAACGAAGAGGAUUCCCAGUCAAGUGCAGAGCUGUAA